AUGGUAAUGAACACCCACACUAGACAGUGCAAGUACACCGCUGCACUCGGCCUAGGGCCUUACGGAGCAGUUACAGCGGGAUGCUCACCGUUCUUUUUUUCCCGGCUGCUUGAUUCUUUUCAAGAUGCCUCGGAUGCCCUGCCUGGUCCACUGGCUGGCAAAAUGGGUCUGGUCAUUUCCAAUACCUACUUCUUCAUUAGCCCGGCCGGCCGAAACCUUCAAGCCCUCUCGGUUAUGCCCAGCCCUUUACGCUGUAGUGUUGGCGAUCUCAUCUGCCAGCGCGCAGUCAGACUCAUGCUGGCUACUCCCACCGCUGUAACGUCUUGCGACGCUAUUACCAUUGCCAAUGGCACGGUCGCGGCGGUGCGCACGUCUCUUUCGCGGCCCUGGCCACCGUCCUAA